AUGAAUCUCAAAGGUGGGUUUGGAGAGGAAGAAAAUGUGGCAUCGAGAAUACCUAGAGGAACAGGAAGGAGAGAAAAAGGUGGCUUUUCUGUUGCUUUAAUCAAAGGCCUAUGGACUGAAGAGGAAGACAAUACACUAAGAAGGCUAGUGAAGCAUUUUGGAGUGAAAAAAUGGGCAGAGAAAAUGGUGGGAAGGACUGGUAAGCAAUGCCGAGAGAGAUGGCAUAACCAUUUGCGUCCCAAUAUUAAGAAGGACACUUGGAGUCCGGAGGAAGAGAGACUGUUGGUGGAAACUCAUAUGCAGGUUGGAAAUAGAUGGGCAGAAAUUGCCAAAAGAAUUCCAGGAAGGGCCGUGAACUCCAUAAAGAAUCACUGGAAUACCACAAAAAGGAGACAAAAUUCAAGGGGAAAGGUCAAGAAACCGGAAAGGGUGCAGAACGAAAGAAAUCAGUCAACUAUUUUGCAAGAGUAUAUCAAAAGUACUUAUCCCAAUAAUAAUUCCUUAACCACCAUUAGCGUAGACCUCAGCUCUACCAUCGUGAUACCAACCAAUAGUGCAACCACUUGCCCAACUUUUCCCAAUUCCAUCAUAUCAGAGGACCCCUCAUCAACUCAUUUCAAUCUGCUUUAUCCAGAAUUAUCUCAAUCCACCACUGAUGAUUCCCUUUUCUAUCUCACUCAACACUCUUAUGAUGAUGAGAUAAACUUUAUGCAAAACUUACUUGGAAACAAUAAUCUCAACGCCUUCUUAGUUGGUGAGAAUGAUAAAGGAAAGGCUCUUCUAGACAUUGGGAUCGAUCCAAAAGGUGAUCAAGAGAAUAAUCAAUCUGCACAUAUAAUGGAUGAAGGUAAUGCCUUAACUGCUCCUCCUGAGAUCUACCCCAGCAACAUGAACAUGAAGACAAUAACAAUGGAUCAAACCAGUCCUUCAUCAAGAAAGGAGGUUGACUUGUAGAGAUGGUCUCAAAUUCACAAUUUUCUCGCAAGAAUGUUGCUAAUAGCUUUGUGUUCUAAUAUUGAUUUAGUGAAGUGAUACUCAGUUUUUAGUGUCCUAAAGAACUUUUGGAGUUUUACAAGCUUUUAACUAAUAAUUAGAACCAAAAUUUGAGCACCUCUAGUUUAGUUCUAAUUUCGGUUAGAAUUGGCAUAUUCUGGGUAAUUUGCUUAAGAGUUGUCAAAAAAAAAAAUGUGACUAGUGGCAAUUAUGUUUUAUUA